UGUUUCUUUCACCCUUCACUUUCGGCUUUGCAUCAUCAUUCCUCUCUUUCUUUCACCCCCACCCCCACCCCCUUUCUCUUACCCUUUCACCAACAAAUUAACUCUUCACUCCCCCAUGGAUCCCGAGAAAGACAAACCCCUUCCUCAAACAUCUCCCACUUCUGCUGCAACCACCACCGCCACCGACGACAACAACCAUGAUCAUAAUACUACCACCACCGACCACGAUAACAACAUCAUCAACAAUGACAGCAGCAGCAGCAGCAAUGAUCACCGUCCUGAUGAUCAGGGUUCGCCUCAACAAAACCUUGGUGAUGACACCACGAAGCAGGAGGCCGAGCCCGAUCCUGAUCUUGAUCCUCAGAAGGCUGAAACCAUCGAUUCUGAUAUCAAUGAGCAACCACAAUCUGCUGCAGAUCAAGUAAAUCUCCAGGAAACUACUCCCCCUUUUUCUCUUGACCUCAACAAAGUUUCUGAAGAAGUUGAUCAAUACAUUUCCACAUUGUCCACCUCAAAAGGAGAUGAAUCCACCCCCCCAGCAGAAGUCCCCACUUUUGUCCACCAAUUCGCGCUUCUUAUUGAAGCCAAAAUUGUGGAUUAUGAAUCCAGUGAAAACCCCGUGAAAUGGAGUCAACUGGAGCAGGAAGAUUCGACUUCAUUUCUUGAAGCCACCUUGCGACUUUCGUCCCUCUCAAAGGCCAUUUCAGAACUCUCCUCAGAGCACAAGCACGCUCAUUUCGUCAACCGCAUUGGUGGGGUUCUUCAGCGUGCAAUGUCAUACAUCGAGGAAGAAUUCAAGUCGCUUAUUGAAGAUUACAGGAUCCAUGAUUCAGAUCACAGUAAUAGCAACGACACAAAGCCUAAGCAACCUACAUCAUCAACCCCGAAUGAAGAAUCAGACGAAAACCCACCCCCCGAAUCAGCUCCCGUAGAAGACAACAAUUUUCCAGGAUAUUCUGAAGAGAUUUUAUCAGACUUGCUUAGAUUGUCAAAAGCAAUGAUUGCAGGAGGCUAUGAAAUGGAGUGUUGCCAGGUAUACUUUGUGGCACGAAGAAAUGCUCUGGAAGAGAGCCUGCAAAAGUUUGGAUUUGAGAAACAUAGCAUCGACGACGUGCAGAAAAUGCACUGGGAAUCACUAGAGAGAGAGAUCGCGAACUGGAUCAGAACAUUUAAGCAAUGCGCCUCCGUGCACUUUACCGGCGAACGCAGGCUCUCUCAGGCCCUAUUCUCGGAUCAUCCUUUGAUGUCGGAGAGCCUGUUUUGCAGCCUGUCGCAGGGCGUAAUACUUCAACUCCUCAAUUUUGCGGAUGCUGUUGCGCUAACAAAGCGCGCUGCCGAGAAGCUGUUCAAGUUUCUUGAUCUGUAUGAGGCAUUGAGAGAUAUCCUCCCAAUAAUCGAUAAUUUAUUCGCGGAAGAAUCGUUGACUGAGGUUAAGAGAGAGGCCUCAAUGAUAAAAGGCCGUAUGGGGGAGGCCAUGAUUUCGAUUUUUGUGGACCUAGAGAACUCAAUCAAGGCUGAUUCAGGAAAGACUCCAGUUCCAGGCGGUGCAGUUCAUCCAUUGACUCGCUACACUAUGAAUUACCUGAAAUACGCAUGUGAGUAUAAGGAAACGCUGGAGCAAGUCUUCAAGGAGCAUCAGAAGAUAGAAAGAGCAGAUUCAGCAACAGGAUCAGAUUUCAAUUACCAAUCACAAGCAGCCCAGAAUCCCAACAACAACGACAACAACAACAACAACGCGGUGGUGAAGCAAUCCCCGUUCCAAACUCAGAUAACGAAGGUGAUGGAUUUGCUAGAUGCAAACAUCGAGAGCAAAUCAAAGCUCUACAAAGACCACGCAUUGAGCUCCAUUUUCAUGAUGAACAAUGGGAGAUACAUUCUGCAGAAGGUAAGGGGGGCAAAUGAAAUAAAUAGACUAAUGGGUGACUCGUGGUGCAGAAAAAGAUCAUCGGAGCUGAGGCAAUAUCACAAGAACUACCAGCGCGAGACGUGGGGAAGAUUGUUGAGUUGUUUGCAUCCGGAUGGGUUGAUGAACAACGGAAAAGUAGUGAAGCCAGUACUUAAGGAGAGAUUCAAGAGUUUCAACGCCAUGUUUGAUGAAAUACACAAGACACAGACUAGUUGGGUGGUUAGUGAUGAGCAGCUUCAGUCGGAGCUGAGGGUUUCAAUAUCAAACAUGGUUAUUCCGGCUUACAGGUCUUUCUUGGGAAGGUACAGUCAGGUGUUCACUCCAGGCAGGCAGACCGAGAAGUAUGUAAAGUAUCAGGCAGAAGACAUUGAAACGUAUAUUGAUGAACUUUUUGAUGGGAGUGCAGCUCAAAUGGGAAGAAGGAGACCAUAAAGAAAGCUGAAUUACAUACAAAAAUGCUAGUGAGCCGACCACAGUUUUUGAUCCAUGAUUUCUCGCGUCUGCACUAUUUUAGUCUCAGUUCUGAUGAUUCCACACUUGAUAAUUCUAGCAUUUAUGUAAUUAUGAAGAUUAUAGUUUAUACAGUUUUGAAAAAGUGAUCAAUCGCAUAACAAAUA